AUGUGGAAUAUGCAAUUUCUAAAAAAGUUUCUGCCCGCCUUUAGACAAAUUGCUCUGCCACUAGUGAACUUCACUUUAAAGAAGGAAACAGGAGGAAAUAAGCAAGCAUUGAGUUUCGCGCCACUAUCAAUCUCAUUCAUCAUAGGAAACGGUUACAGAUUAGCAAAAUAUCCCGGUAUGAAAGGAUCGGCCGCCGUACUAGAAGAGUUACAAGAUAAAAAGGUGCUGGAUGUGGCUAGGAUCCACAAACAGAUCAUCUCCCCAGAGAACUGGAACUUUUAUCUGUCACGCAGGUACUUCAACAUUCUGCUGUUCACUACACGGUCGUCAUUUCAUUCUCGGAAUAGACUUCCGUUGCUUUCGCCUCAGAGUAGGAACGAACCGUCUCGACGAAUUUUUCCGCCUGGAUUGCCGAUCUCAGUUAAUGUCUUCAAGCCAUCAACCCGUACGGUUCAGAGAUCUUAG